AUGUCCCAAGCAUGUAACAUCUUGGUAUCAGAGCUGAGCAUGGAGGAGCAACGGGUAGCACGCUUGGAAACUGAAGUGGUCUCCCUAGCCACUGGACAAGAAAGAAUACUCAAGGAGAUGCAAGAGAUGUUCUCAGCCAUGAAUGCUCACUUGGAUCAAAUUUCUCGAACUGGUGAUGGAUCCAGUAUUGCUUUCAAUGGUGGCGGAGGCCGAACAUUUGGAAGUGGAUCCACCACUCCAAAUUCUGGCAACUCUUACCUUCCUAAAAUGGUGAAGCUAGACUUUCCUCACUCAACGGAUUGGAAGAUCCCACAAGUUGGAUAUGUCGUGAAGCAGCCUUGUACCAAUGGGGUUACGAAGUCUGACAAUCGACAAAAUUUCAUGCCAAUUAAACGGUUGUCCGCGGCUGAACUAAAGGAACGAAGAGAUAAAGGACUUUGCUACAAUUGUGAUGAGAAGUUUAGUCCUGGUCAUCAUUGCAAAAAAUUAUUUCUCAUUGAAGGUUGCUGGUCAAAUGAAGAAAAUGACGCCAAAGAUGUAGAUACUCAUGAAGUGGAAUUGGGUGAAGAAGUAUUUCCUGAAAUAUCUCUCCGUGCUAUUUAUGGUGGUCGAACUCCACAAAAAUGCGGGUGCACGGAAAAGUGGAAAGCUGGUGUUAAUCCCACUGGCUAUGAAAAGUUUGAGGUGUCAGUUGCCAACGGUGAAACUCUUACUAGUGCUGGGCUUUGCAAAGGGGGUUGUGAUGCUGUUUUGGGCGCACAAUGGUUGCGCACGUUAGGGCCAAUUGUUUGGGAUUUCUCUAAAUUGCAAAUGACAUUUAAUGUGGGUGGACAAGAUGUGGAACUCAAAGGGGUGCCACCUCCAACAAAAAAAAUUGAAAGUGAACGUGACGUUUGGCAAGAGGUGGAGGAAAAUAAAGAUGAAGCUCUUUCCCAAGUCUAUUCCCUCGAUCUCAAUUUUUCAAAUGUCAACCUUGAGGACAAGGUUUUUUCAAUGGGGGAAGGAAUGUCACGUGCUUAG